AUGAAAUUAGAAGUAAGAAAAGGGAAAAAGAAAGGUAAGGAGUGCAGAUAGGGGGUUUUAAGAAGUUUGGAUUGAAAUUUUGUCUAGAGCAGUUGAUGGAUAAGAUUAGUAAAGUAAAAAUGAUACUUAGUUAUCAAUGAGAAGCACUUCGGUCAGCUGAAAGGAAGGUGGUCUUUAAGAAUCGCAAAUCUAAAGCUAUAAGACUGAAAAAUAAAAAUAAAACAAUAGAAAAAUAACUUUGAAGCUGACAUUGAGAGAAUGUCUGCUUUCAUUAAAAGAGCAACCUCAGCUGAUCCAAGAAUCAGGAAGGAAGCAAUAGAGACAGACAUUAACAAUACAAUAAUGUUUCUUGAUACUGAUGACAUCUCAUCCAACAUUUGUCUAAGAGAAAAAUUACAAAGAACGACCUCUUGUGACAAAUCAAAGAUUGCUAAAUAAAUAUACUGAAAAACCCUUAUUUCCCCAAAGGAAAUCUAUCUGAAAAGGAAGAGGGAGGAAUGAUACUAUUGCCCUUGUGAAGACAGGGAAAUCCUUCUUUUCAUAAAAAGAGAUCCCUUUCCUAGACUCAAAGUUAUCUAAAUCCUCUCUAUCAAGAAC